AAAAACUAUUGAAUAACAAUCAAUGUUAAUAUAAACAACUUAUUUAUAAAAGUUAUGACAUUCAUUAUAAUUAGUUAAUCUUUGACUGAACGUAUAACGAGAAACACUUUAUAUUUUUUUGCAUAAAAAUGAGAUUUUCUUUCAUUGUAAUUUUAACGUUUUUGGUAACUAUCACAUAUGCUGAAGAAGAAAAUUGUAACUAUCAUGGACACUUGAUCUACGAAGACUUGGGAUGCAAACCAGUGACCAAAGAUGGCCAUGCUUGUCCUGUUGAAUACACUUGUAAUUUCGAAAUCAAAAACAAUACUUGCAAUUUCAGAGGACGAAAUCUUCCGCUUCAUGAAAAACUCACAGACGAUGAUACAUAUGCAGCCUGUAUCGUUGGUUGUUAUUGUCAAUCGACUGACAAAUUCACUUGCGCCAUAUUGGAUUGCCCCGAAUGGUUAGGCGUCCCUGUGAAAUUCGGAUGUUAUCGAAAAUACCAAGUGGGAAAAUGUUGUUCUGUCGGCCAAAUAUGUCCCACCGAAUCGACGCCAUCAGCAGAAUGUAAAACUAGUGAAGGCAAAUUCGUAGAAGGCCAACGGUUUCAUCCUGCUAACACUUGCUUGGAAUGCGUGUGCAACAAAGGAUACGAAGGCAAAAACGAACCGCCAUUUUGUAGGAAACAAAUGUGCGCCGCUGAAGUACGUCACAGCGAAGAAGUGCACAAGUACUGUGCACCACAUUACGAUGGUACCGACACUAAGGCACUUUGUUGUCCUGAUGGAUGGGUGUGUCCUUCAGAAAAUGAUAAGGAACUACCAGCUAAUCCUGAAGUGACUGUUUCAGAUCUCAAAUGUAAAUAUGGAGACAAAACAUUGAAAUUGGGUGAAAGAAUACAAGGUCAAUUCAAAUGGUAUGAUGGUUCCCUAAGAGAUUCUCAAUGUGAAUGUAUCGUACCUCCGUUGCUGACUUGCAGGGAAGAUCCUAAAAAUACUCCAGCUCCAACGCCCCCCACUACUCCAUCUUAUACAAUCGAAAAAAUUCAUGAUUAAUUCUGAAUAUGUAUUUAACUUUGUA